UUCAAACGACAAGGUUUAUACGAGUCGACCAACAGCAUCUACCUCUCUGACCGAUUAAACAAUGCCAUGGCGCUUAGCGAAUGCCCAGAAGGCCGAGGUGCAUCUAGUAUAGUCACAAUGACAUCAGUUGCCAAGUCGACCGAUGGUCAAAUUUCUGCCAUGACUGGCGGAUGCUGUGCUGACAAGGCGGAUGCUGUAGAGAAGCUGUUGGCGUCGGAGAAGCUGAUUGCUGAGCUAAACGAGACAUUCGAAGAGAAGCUGCGUAAAUCAGAGGCCCUACGAGAACAGAGAGAGAAUGAACUGACGGAGAUGGGAAUCGCAGUACACAGUGAUCUGGGCGUAACCGGCGUGUUUUCUCCGAAGCAGGCUCCUCAUCUGGUAAAUCUGAACGAAGAUCCUGCUAUGUCUGAGUGCCUAAUCUACUACCUAAAGGAGGGUGAGACUGUGUAA